UUAAAUCAGAAGAAAAGAAAAAAGGGGUUACCGAUCCUUAAUUUAGGUGUUUGGUGAUCGAUUAUAUGUGGGGUGUUAAAGCCACGUGUCAGCUUCGUAGAUUAAGUUAUAUUUUCUAUUUUCUUUUAUUUCUUUCUUCUCUUUCUUUCUUUUCUUUUUUUGCCUUCGUCGCUGCGUCUUCUUGUUUUCUCCGUUCAAAAGACAGAGGCGAAACCCAUCGCCACCACCACCAAUAGAAACCACCACCGAUCCUCCACCGAUAGAAACCACCACCGAUCAAAACCACCACCGAUCCUCCAAACGACCACUGAUCCUCCACCGAUCGAAACCCCCACCGUUCGGAGGAAAGGUUCGAACCAACCAUCGAUCCUCCACCACCACUGUCUCUCUGUCUUCUCGUGUUCUCCGUGACAGAGAAAGGAUCGAAACACAACACCGAUGGAAACCCACAACCAAGGCCGACAAUUUCUCUGUCCCUCGAUCUUUCUGGAUUCCUCUGUCCCUCGAUCCUUCUCUACCUCGAUUCCUCUGUCGAUCGAUUCGUCCAAUCUUCUCAGUUCCACGGCGAGUCCCUCGAUUCCUCUAUCUUUCUUCAAAUCGUUUGAUGUCUCUGAUUCUAUUUCUCUGUUAUUUUUGUAGUUACCGGAGCAAUUGAAACUGUUGAGUGACUGAGAAGAUAAUAGAGGACAACGUUCUUGUUCAUCAGAUUGAUGUCACUGAUCCUGAGAACAAGAACGGCUUCUACUCUUGAAGGGAACAAAGAGGCGGAGCAGAGGAGAGUAGCUUGGAAGUGUCUGAAGCUGCUCCUGAUUGCUAGUCCAGAGUGAAAAAAGGCAGGAAACGAAGGAGACAAAAUGCAAGUUGUAUGUUAUAGUCACGAGUGUUGCAAGCAGUAUGUUUAAUGUAUAAUAUUGUAGUCACGAGUGUUGUAUGUUUCUGUCACGAGAAUUCUAGGUAUGUGUAUUGGAUUCUUCUGAUUUGUAUGUAUGUGUCACGAUUUUUUUUGUGUUUUGGAUUCUUGUGAUUUGUAUGUAUGUGUCACGAUUUUGGUAGAUGAUUGUGUCACUCUUCUCUCUUGCUCUAUAUAAAGCAUUGCAUUGUAUGCAUAUCAUCAUCACGAACACUCGCCUUCCAUUCAUAUUAAAUCACAAACACACUUGUUUGCAAAGCAAUCGCCUUCCAUUCUGAUCAGUUUCCUCUCUUCUCCUUGAUAACAAAUCCCUUCGUACCAGACCCAUAACAAAUCCAUUCUCUCCUUAAACACUCACGAUCAUCACCAAAAAAAACUCUCUCCAUAACACUCGAUCAUCACCAAAAAAAAACAAAUUCUAUGGCUUCUUCUUCUCAUAACACUCCUGAGGAAGUAGAAGAUUUUGAUCAAUAUUUUGAUAAUUAUUGCAAUCAAUAUUUUGAUCAAACGUUCGAGGAAUUAGCCUUAACUUCUGCCGUUCAAGAAGAUACAAGGAAAAAAAGAAAAAAACGAGUUCACAUCGAAAGAAAUCGUGAAGAAGGCGAUGUACGUUUAUGGAAUGAUUAUUUCAGUGAUACUCCAACAUAUCCUCAAAAUAUAUUCCGACGCCGAUUUAGAAUGAACAAGCCAUUGUUCAUGCGUAUUGUUGAUCGAUUCUCUAAUGAAGUUGAAUUCUUUCGACAAAAGAAAGAUGCUCUCGGAAGGCUUAGUCUCUCUCCACUUCAAAAGUGUACAGCAGCCAUUCGUGUCUUGGCAUAUGGUACUGCGGCUGAUGCUGUUGACGAAUACAUCCGAAUCGGUGAAACUACUACUCGGUCAUGUGUGGAACAUUUUGUGGACGGAAUAAUAAAUUUAUUCGGCAAUGAGUACCUCAGAAGACCAACACCGGCUGAUCUUCAACGUCUACUUGAAGUUGGCGAGUUCCGUGGAUUUCCCGGGAUGAUAGGAAGCAUCGAUUGUAUGCAUUGGGAGUGGAAGAAUUGUCCCACCGCUUGGAAAGGGCAAUAUUCACGUGGUUCGGGAAAACCCACGAUUGUUUUAGAAGCGGUUGCUUCAUAUGAUCUAUGGAUAUGGCAUGCCUUUUUUGGACCUCCAGGUACCUUAAAUGAUAUAAAUGUUCUUGAUCGCUCACCCGUUUUUGAUGACAUAAUACAAGGUCAAGCUCCGCAAGUGACUUUCUCUGUCAAUGGAAGAGACUAUCAUUUGGGUUACUAUCUCACCGACGGUAUUUAUCCGAAAUGGGCAACUUUUAUUCAAUCUAUUUCAAUGCCACAAGGGCCGAAAGCGGUUUUAUUUGCUCAACAUCAAGAAGCUGUCCGAAAAGAUGUCGAGCGUGCUUUUGGAGUCUUGCAAGCUCGAUUUGGCAUUGUUAAAAACCCCGCGCUUUUUUGGGAUAAAGCAAAAAUUGGAAAGAUUAUGAGAGCAUGUAUCAUACUCCAUAAUAUGAUAGUCGAGGACGAACGAGCUGGAUAUGCUCACUUUAAUGUUUCAGAGUUCGAACACGGAGAAGAGACCGGAAGUUCACAUGUCGAUCUCGAUUAUUCUACGGAUAUGCCUACAAAUAUCGCCAAUAUGAUGGGUGUUCGAACUAGAAUUCGUGAUAGACAAAUGCAUCAACAACUCAAACAUGAUUUGGUUGAACAUUUAUGGAGUAAAUUUGGACGUGGUGAAGACAACAACUGAAUUCGGAAUGUUUCUUUCAAAUUAUUCUCGUUUAUUAUAGUAAUCCUUGUUUUUUUUUUAAUUCAAAAUCUACAUUUAAAAUGUCCU